CUUUGGCAGUUGGCAAACCAACCCGGCGUCAAGGGUGGCUGUUGUGUGAGAAAAGGGAGAGCCUGCAACAGACGUCGCGACAUUUUGGACUAGCAACUAAAUAUUUCACCUCCUGGACAUUCUUUGUACAUAACUGGAUAUCUUUACAAGUUCAUUUUCGCUCUAACUUCAUUUUUAGCAAACAUGGCGUGUGGAGCAACGUUAAAACGUUCCAUGGAGUUUGAGGCCCUGCUUAGUCCUCAGUCCCCUAAGCGAAGAAGGUGCAGUCCAUUACCGGGGACCACUGGAACUCCGUCUCCUCAAAGAUGCAAUCUUCGCCCACCAACAGACAGUCCUUCGCUUUCUAUGUCACCUCAGUCAAUGGGAGGAGAACAGAGGCUUACUCCUGAGCAGAUCUUCCAGAACAUUCGGCAGGAGUAUAGCCGCUACCAGAGGCGACGGCAGUUGGAGGGUGCCUUCAACCAAAGCGAAGCCUGCAGCUCCAGUGAAGGCCAGAGCCCCAACCCUGCGCUCAUGUCUCCCAGCUCCCCCCCUGGUGCCUCGUCUGUGAAGAAGGAUCAGCCAUCAUUCACGCUGCGACAGGUUGGCUAUCUGUGUGAGCGCAUACUAAAAGACCACGAGGAGAAGAUCCGCGAAGAGUACGAAAAGAUUCUCAACACAAAACUCGCAGAACAAUAUGAAUCCUUUGUGAAAUUCACGCAAGACCAGAUCAUGCGAAAGUACGGCGCCCGACCCGCCAGCUAUGUCUCUUGAAGAAUCUCAUCUGGUACCAGUCUGCCCUUGGAUAACACAGUGGCUGUUAUACCAGCUGCUUCUACCCCUUUUAUUUUAAUUUUAAUUUCAAUCUACUUGGGUGCCAUCGUUAAUCUAAACCUUUUUUUUUUUUCUUUUUUUUUUAUCCCCAGAGGACUUUUGUCAGAACUGUUGGCCUGACAAAAACCCCUUUGAAAGUUAAAGAAAUGUAAAGUUUCCUUUUUUUGAUAGUCUCUCACUCACUUUCUCUCUCUUUCUCUCCUCUCUCUACCUCUCUUUACCAAACCCAAAGUGAAUCAGAUCUGUGUCUGUCCCCUCUGGCGCGCUGUAGAAACGCUUGGCCGAUGUGGUGGUUCUGUAUACCAACCACUGACUUGCAGCAGCUGCUUUAACCAAACCCUGCCUCUCUCUCUCUCUGCCCCCCUCCAUCUUUUUUUCACAAGUCUUUACCUGAUGAUGUGGAUUUAUCUUUUUUGUUCUUGUUUUUUUUUCUCCUUUUUGACAAAUAAAGUUUCUGCAGUUUA